GGCGCGACUGCCAGUGCGCCAACUGCCUGCUGGUGGUGGAGCGCCAGCGCGUCAUGGCCGCCCAGGUGGCGCUCCGGAGGCAGCAGGCCACCGAGGACAAGAAGGGGCUUUCCGGGAAGCAGAAUAAUUUCGAGCGCAAAGCUGUGUAUCAGAGGCAAGUCAGGGCACCCAGUUUGCUGGCCAAAAGCAUUUUAGAAGGCUACCGCCCCAUUCCAGCCGAGACUUACGUGGGAGGGAGCUUACCCCUACCUCCCCCGGUAAGUGACCGGAUGCGGAAAAGGCGGGCCUUUGCUGAUAAAGAGUUGGAGAACAUUAUGCUGGAGAGAGAAUAUAAAGAGAGGGAGAUGCUGGAAGCGUCCCAAGCUGCUGCCUUGUUCCUGCCCAACCGCAUGGUGCACGGACCUGAAUAUAACUCCUACAAAAGCACCUAUAGCCCCACCCCAGUGGAACCGCCAAACAAAGACUUCUGCAAUUUUCUGCCCACCUGCCUUGACCUAACCAUGCAGUAUUCAGGGACUGGGAAUAUGGAAUUCAUUUCUUCCAAUGUCAGUGUGGCCACGACUUACAGACAGUAUCCCUUGUCCUCGAGAUUUUUAGUUUGGCCCAAGUGUGGCCCCAUCAGCGACACUCUUCUCUAUCAGCAAUGCCUGCUAAACACCACCACUUCGGUUCAAGCCCUGAAGCCUGGGGCCAGCUGGGAUUUGAAGGGGGUGCGAGUCCAGGAUGGACUUGUGGCAGAACACGACGUGAUGCCCCCCAAACUAGAAGGCUCGCUGCUUCUGCCUCACGCUCCGGAGGUCCAGACCGCGAGAGGUGACCUUCAGGGUCACCAGGCUGUCCCCGAGAGGUCUGCAUUCUCCCCACCCAGACGGAAUUUCUCUCCCAUUGUUGACUCGGACUCCCUGGCAGCUCAAGGGCACAUCUUAACCAAGAUCAGCAAAGAAAGCACCAGGCACCCUCUGCCACUUAAACAUAAUCCAUUCCACUCAUUAUUCCAGCAAACUCUGAAUGACAAAUCAGGUCCUGAGUUGAAAACACCAUUUGUCAAAGAGGCCUUUGAAGAGGGCCCUAAGAAACACAGAGAGUGUUUAGUCAAGGAGAACCAGAAGUACACAUUUACAAUAGACAGAUAUGCCAAAGACCUUUUCGUAGCCAAACAAGUUGGAACAAAACUCUCUGUGAAUGAACCGCUGUCAUUUUCUGUUGAGUCUAUUCUUAAGAGGCCUUCAUCUGCCAUCACUCACGUCUCUCAGUGAAAGGUUGCUUACACAGAAAGCUGGAUUUUCUGCCAUCUCAGAGGGGUCUUACCAGUUGCUAAUUUUUUUUUUUAAAGAAGAAAAGCUAAGAUGUUUGUAUAAAGAAAUUUCUAAUGUAAAUGGUGAUGAUUUAAAAAAUUAUAUCUAUUCAUAUGCAUGUACUUUUCUCACAUAAAUAUAUUUAAACUUAAAGAUGGAAAUUGCUUAUGUGCAAACUGUAAAGUUCUGUGCUUUACACAGCGUUUCAAAAAGCAAUAAAGUUGACACUGUCUUCUAAAAG